AUGCUGACCUUCACCCGCUCGGAGGAUGCAGGAACCGAGGAACAGCCCAGGUUUAUCUCUAGUUUCAUAUCAUGGCCAUCAGACUCAUCCAAAACUAAGCUUGAGUCCAAGCCAGACUCAUGGUCAGACUCCAUCGACUCAUGUCAAAGUCCUCGACCACGCCCACCCCACAGCCGCGCCUGGAUCAAAGGCGUCGUGGUCUGUUCCUGGAUCAUCGCGUUCGUCCUCUGUAUAAACAUCCUGCUGACCAUUAUCGCGGUGGGCAUUGCCUACUCCAAGAACGGCGAAACGGACCACUCCUUCGCAGCUCUAUACAGAGGGAAAUGCAAGCUCGCAAGGAACUGGGCAACGGGGCUGCACCUGGCCAUUAACGUUCUGAGCACGGUCAUGCUGGGGGCCAGUAACUACUGCAUGCAGUGUCUUGUAUCGCCGUCGCGGGCAGAGGCGGAUGAGGCGCAUAGCAAGAGGAGGUGGGUGUCCAUUGGGAUACCGAAUAUACUGGACUUGGUAUGGAGGCAGAGGGGCAAGAGACAGGUUUUGGGCUGCAUCUUGUUGGUGACCUCGUUGCCGAUUCAUUUGAUUUACAACUCGGCGAUAUUCUUCGUAUAUGGACCGAGUGAGUAUGCCGCUGUUAUGGCGCCACCUAGGCCCAUGAGUGACAAUGGGACGGAUCUCUGGAAUCACUGCCUCGACACCCGCGGUUUGAUGAACCAGACGACAUUGGCUGCUGAGAUGAGUCGGUCCGAUCUCGAGGUUCUUUCGACUAAAGAGUGCUUUGACACUUUCGCGCGAGACUUUGUCUCCGGGCAGAGAUUGGUUGUGCUGGUGACCAACGAUCCAAUGCCACCAGGAGAGCCCGUGGUGUUGAUGGGAAUGGGCAAUUCCGGUAACAUUAUUGACACUGAAAACAGCAAUUAUAUGUGGAUGUGUGGUAACCAUAACUGCACCAAAGAGUUUGCAAGUCAGAGGUGGGAUGGAGACGCAUGGAAUAUGGGGUCAGGGCCUUACGUCCAUGCGCAGGUUCCCACUAGCAACGGGUUGCUGGACAUGCCGGGCGUCUCUGAUAUGAAUGCAACUCGCACGGCGGAUUUAGAAAGGCUUUCUAAGUCGCUGUACAACUACGAAAAUGAGGACGAAGUGAAGAGUGACCUCAGCAAACCCGACGGCUGGCAUAAUACUUCGUUUCCAGACAGUGUCACUAUCCUGGGCCAUACGUCGACAUGUAGUAUGGCUCAAUUUGUCCCAAAAGAACAUCAGAGUAGGCAACAGAGCUAUCAUAUUGAGUACUGCUUGACAGGCCCAAAGGAGGAAACUUGUCAACUGGUUUUUAGCCCGCCGAUUUGUCUGGUCGUGAUCGGAUGCAAUUUGGUGAAGCUCAUCUGUGCGCUAUUUACAGCUCGAGAUGGCAGAGAUGAGGUGUUAGUUACGACAGGAGACGCAAUCGCAUCGUAUCUAACGUAUCCUGAUCGGACCACAGAGGGCACCUGUCUGCUUUCCAAGCCUCUAAUCGACAAGGGGAGCCAGGACUGGCAUAACAGGCCAAGACUGCUUGAAUGGAAGUCCGCGAUACCGAAAACUCCAGCAGCAUCAUCAAAGCACCCCUUGCAACUGGAAUCUCGAAAACGAUGGUUGGAAGCCGCGAGUACUGAGCGAUGGGUCCUCGCACUUGAACUAAUAAUCGGACUGGUUACCGUCGGAACCUACAUCCUAUCCACCAGUAUCGUCAAUUUUCAAGGAUCAUUUCCACGGACUAACAAGCCUCAAUCCAUCUGGGGUGCGGGAUUGGGGGAAGCACGUCCAUCGACAAUCAUGUCAGGGAUGCAACUGGAUCCUGGUGCCAGCAGCAGCAAGAUAUUCGGCAAGGCCCUGUUGCCUAACGCCCCCCAGCUCGUCGUUUCAAGCGGAUAUUUUAUGCUCAACUCCCUGGUAACCAUCAUGGUCGGUGCCAGCGAAUAUAACAGCUACGCGAAACAGGGCAAGCCGCUACGCGUAUCCUGGCCGCGCGGUGCCCAGCGAUCAACCUACUACCUGUCCCUUCCAUAUAGAUAUAGCAUCCCGAUGCUUGUGGUCUCCGCGUUCCUGCACUGGCUCGUUUCACAAAGCUUUUUCUUCGUACAGAUUGUUGCGUCGGAUAUCAAUGGUGUGGAGCGCGAAAUCAUCACAUGUGGAUACUCGCCCAUUGGGAUUACGUUCACGGUUGUCGUCGGUGUUUUGUUUCUUUUUUCAGUCUUGUUCAUUGGAUUGAGCCGCUUUAAAUCACCUAUGCCGCUGGCCGGACAGUGUAGUGCGGUCAUCAGUGCUGCUUGUCAUCCAAGCACGUCGAGUAUGGAUGAUGACGCGAACCAUGCGCUCAAGCCGGUGCAGUGGGGUGAAAUCCCAGGUUCCAGCUGGCCUUCACUGGAUAGCCCAAUCCAAAGCAGUGGAUAUCAGAAUCCUUUUGGCACUGGAGGAUCGGAGGUGUAUCAUUGUUCGUUCACAUCGGAGGAAGUAUUUGAGCCACAGAAGCGGCGGAAUUAUAUAUAA